AUGCGGUUGUGGAUUAUUUUACUGCUCGGUUUUGGGAGUGCCUGUGGGGAACUGCCAUUCAUAGCAGAGAACAAUGCGGCGAUGUUGGUCAACUGGAACGCUGUUGAUGGGAACAAAAAGCUGUACGCCAUCUAUGAUACAAGCGUCAACGAACCGGGGAACAUGUCUUUUGUCAAAGAGACUGUGGACAAACUGUUGAAAGGAUAUGAUAUUCGUCUCCGGCCAGACUUUGGAGGUGCACCGGUGGCUGUUGGCAUGAGUAUAGACGUGGCCAGUAUAGACAUGGUGUCAGAGGUCAACAUGGACUACACACUGACCAUGUACUUCCAGCAGUACUGGAGAGAUAAGAGACUGGCCUAUGCAGGGAUCCCUCUCAACUUGACCCUGGACAAUCGAGUAGCAGACCAGCUCUGGGUCCCUGACACCUAUUUUCUUAACGACAAGAAGUCCUUUGUGCAUGGUGUCACCGUAAAGAACCGUAUGAUUCGGCUGCACCCAGAUGGCACUGUUCUCUACGGCCUCAGAAUCACGACAACAGCAGCCUGCAUGAUGGAUCUGAGGAGAUACCCAUUGGACGAACAGAACUGCACCCUGGAAAUUGAGAGUUAUGGUUACACAACAGAUGAUAUAGAGUUCUACUGGAAAGGAGGAGACACUGCAGUGACGGGGGUGACGCGCAUCGAGCUGCCUCAGUUUUCUAUAGUCGACUACAAACUGGUGUCGAGGAAUGUGGUUUUUUCCACAGGUGCCUACCCUCGACUGUCUCUGAGCUUCAAGCUGAAGCGAAACAUCGGAUACUUCAUCCUACAGACGUACAUGCCCUCCAUCCUCAUCACCAUCCUGUCUUGGGUGUCUUUCUGGAUAAAUUAUGAUGCCUCGGCUGCCAGAGUUGCAUUAGGGAUCACCACUGUCCUGACCAUGACAACCAUCAACACCCAUUUAAGAGAGACUCUGCCCAAGAUCCCAUAUGUCAAAGCCAUCGACAUGUACCUGAUGGGCUGCUUCGUGUUCGUCUUCCUGGCUCUGCUGGAAUAUGCCUUCGUCAACUACAUCUUCUUUGGGAGAGGUCCUCAGAUGCAGAAGAAGCUGGCAGAGAAGGCGCAGAAGGCCAAUAAUGACCGCAACAAGUUAGACAGGCCCAAGGUCGACUCACAGGGGAACAUUUUGCUGACAACCUUGGAGAUCCACAACGAGGUGGGGGGGAAUGAGGUCACAACCACCGUGCGCGAGACUCACAACUCUUCCUCCAUGAUGUUUGACAACACGGGGGUCCAGUACAGGAAGCCGAGUGGGCCACGGGAGCCGGGCCGCCUCAGCCUGGAUAGGAACGCACAUCAAAAGAAGACCCGUCUGCGGAGACGAUCCUCGCAGCUCAAAAUCAAAAUCCCAGACCUCACUGAUGUGAACGCCAUCGACAGAUGGUCUCGGAUAAUAUUCCCCUUCAGCUUCUCCCUCUUCAACCUAAUCUACUGGCUUUACUAUGUCAAUUAAUGCACUGAUGUUUUUUAAACCCAGCUCUGUCUCAUUCUUGUUUUUAAAUGAGAGAAAACAUUAUGGUGUGACCGUAAUGAACUUUUUUUUUACACAGCAAGUGCAGACUUUGAUCAGAGAACUGUCACUCAGGCAGUGUGCACAUACACUGUCACAAGGAUUUAUCUACAGAAUGUGUAUUUUACAGACUGCCGUGUGAAUGACUCUGUUCUGACUCAUAUGGAGACCUGGGACAUUGUACAGUAUCUCAUGGGUUGAAGCACAGACUCUUAUUUACAUUGUUUUAGGUCAGUUAUCAAAACUGUCCCCAUAAUUUCAGUUUAAAAUGUGGUCACUUUGUUACAACAUAUUGCGACUGACAGAGACAAAUGGCAAUGAUUUCAUUGUAUUAUUACAUUACAUGAUUCCCUUGUUAUAAUAGUAUACACACACAAGACAAACUGAGUUUAUGAUCUAGACACGAUUUGCACCAAAACCAAACUUGAAGGAAUGGUUGUAAAUUUUGGUUAUGUGCAUUUGUUUGCCAAGAAUGAGUUUAGGAAGAUAAAUAUCACUCUCAUGAUUUUACAAUAGAUAUCAAGUUAUUCAUAGUAGGGAGCAACAGAAAAAUAUCUUAACUAUUCCUUUAAAUUACCUUACAGUUGAUACCAACUGUAGCUGUUUUUAAAGUUCCACACAGGAAAUGCUUUAUGACCUAAAACCACAGAGAGCCUUGUGGAAAUCCCUACCAGCAUUUUAUAAAAGCCAUUAUUCUGUCAUUCACUGCCUCUAUUUAAAAUAAUAUACUUUAACAAACUGUUGGAAAUGGGCUUAGUCUUGAUGCAAGUUUGAUGAAAAGAUUGACACCACUCAUGUUUGUCUGUUGAGGAUGAAGCUAGAUGUAAGCAUAGCUUAGCUUAGCUAAAAGACCGGAAACGCUGGGAAACAGCGAGCCUGACUCAUGAUUUCACAUUUGUUUGAUUCAAACACAAAACAGAUUGUGUUUUGAUAGCUGGUUACAUGCUGUAGCAAUUUCUUGGCGAGACAAAAACCUGUCAUUUUAAUUUGUUUGUAUGUUUAGAUUAAACUUGAUAUUGUUAAGAUAUUAAGUGUUAAUUUGUGAGUUUUGGGGCUUCUGGUAAGUUGGUUCUACCAUCGGAUUCCUUUUGUUUCUAUCCUUUAUGCUAAGCUACGCUGGCGUGUGAAUGGUAUCAAUUUUUUCAUCUAGCACUCAGCGAGAAAGUGAAUCCAAGUAUUUCCCAAAAUAUCAAAUUAUUUCUUCCACAUUUGCAAUUAACCAUUUGAUAUUACUUAUUAUAAAUAAAAAUGUAUAUACCAACCAACAAAUGGACAAUGAAUCACAUGACAGCAGAAAAAGGUGCCCAGGCUCAUUACAAUAUCAGUUUACAAUAUUUCAUUUAUUUAUUUGUACUCAUUGUGCUUUUAGGACUGCUGUCUGAUUUUUAAACGUAUGCAAUAUAUCUCACAUGACAACCUCCUUCUUUCUGCUUGUUGUUUUGGGGAAUGAGCGCAGACUCACUGUUGCAGAUCUCAUGUCCGGUUUUCUCUUCCCGCUCAGAUUUCUUGAUCCUCCCUGGAAUUUAAUGUACAUACUGUAACUGCACAUUUUCUUUCAGCUCAUUACAUGGCUAUGUUGUCAACAAUGUUUUGCUCAGUGACUUCUGGACUUGCUGUUUUGUUUUGUUGGUCUUUACACAACAUUAUCAUUUCCUAUUUGUGUUGUAAAUAUAAAACACAAUAUCACAGCUCGUGAUUAUUUCCAUUCUUUCUUAGAGGAGGAAGUAGAUCAUGUAAAAUACUGGUGAAGGAAUUGGGAGCUAUAAGCAGCACUGUCUCCAAAGCAACAACACUUCUCGCAACGCACCAUCUGCACCACUUGGUUGAGCGACUUGCAGCGCGUAGGAGUGACACCAACUGUCAGGCGUCCACUCAGCUUAGCGCACCUGCUUGACAGAGCCCAACAUCCCAUAACAAAUCAGACAAAAACGCAUUACUAAUGUGCAGCACUUCCAAAGAGUGUGGAGACUUGAAAUAGUAACUGCACUUGAAUUCCAUUGGUUUCCUAAAUUGCCCCAAAAACUGCUGUUUAUUUUUUUCUACUUGAUUAUACUGGUAACGACUUGACAAAGGCUUAAUGUGUAUGUAAUUUUACUAAACGGACAAUUUUUUUGUAUUUAUAAGCAUUAAGUAAA